CCAGAAAUGUGACUUCUACGACAAAUGUCAGUUUUCAGUUUGUCAUAAAAGUAAAACCGAACUUGCGUUAUUAAACAAGUUAUCUUGAAAACAAACUAAAAAAACCUUGACCGUGCAACACAUUACCUCGAGUGUUUUUUUAGAAUAAUAGCUUGGUAUAAUAGACUUCCGAAACUCACCGUACAAGAAAAACUUUGUGACCACUGCGCAUGGGCGGACAUCAUACAACUUCCUAACUUUUUUUUACCUUGGAAAUUCGAAGCAGGAACGGUGGUUAUGGGGAAAUUUCAUCAGGGUACAUUGUUCAGACUUGUUCAAACUAUGGACUGAAGAUGGGUCUCCCGUUGAGUCCUCCCCUCUUCACAAUGGCGAAUAACACUGGCUCCAGCAUUAAUAACACGGAUUGUUUCAGCCCAGCAGAGGAGAGCACUGUACUGCGGGGGGUGCAGUUCGGAGGCAUCCCUGUUGUACUUCUGAUAGAUUUUAUCUUUUUUGGGAUCCUAUUGGCCAUCUUUUCUAUCAUUAGAAAGAUAUUGUGGGACUAUGGGAGACUGGCCCUGGUGUCUGAUGCCGACAGUUUCACAGGAACUUCUCACAGGAAAUAUGGAAGACUUUCCUCCACCAUUUCAACUUCUGAGGAACUUGAACAUGAGAGGGGAUUCUGCUCAUGGUUUACUUUUGCUAUACGAAUGGAUGAAGAAAAGAUCCAGGAAAAAUGUGGCAAGGAUGCCAUCUACUACCUCUCCUUCCAGCGCCGUCUCAUUGGGCUCUUGGCAGUUUUCAGUGUUUCUUCUGUGGCCAUUAUUCUGCCUGUCAACCUCUCAGGAAAUCUGAUAGGUACCGACCCCUACAGUUUUGGAAGAACAACUAUAGUAAACAUACAGAAGGAGAGCCAUCUUCUGUGGCUUCACACUGUGUUUGCCGUCCUAUACCUUGUGCUUACAGUAAUUGUAAUGAGACAUCACACAUCUCAGAUGAAAUAUUUGGACAAGGAUACUGUGAAACCUACUUUGUUUAUAUGUUCCAUGCCAAGAGAUGCAAGUGAAGAUGCUCUUAGAACACAUUUUAAUGACGCAUACCCAGGGUGUCGUGUCUCAGAAAUCAGUUUGUGCUAUGAUGUUGCAAAACUAAUCUUCUUGGACAAAGAAAGGAAACGUGCUGAGAAGAACCUGAUGUAUUAUAGAAAACUUCUGGAGCGCCACGGUGAGCAUGCCUUGAUUAACCCACGGCCCUGUGGGCAUCUCUGCUGCUGCCACACCAGUUGUUGUGAGGAGGUGGAUGCCAUUGAUUAUUAUAGCAGUACUGAAAACAGGCUGAAGGAAGAGUAUUCAAAGCAGCAGGAAAUUGUGUACUCCAAACCUCUGGGGAUGGCAUUUGUGACCUUUAAGAAUGAAGCAAUGGCAACCCUUAUCCUUAAAGACUUCAAUGCAAUCAAGUGCAGCGGGUGUAAAUGUCGGCCAGAUCCUCAGUCAUCAUCGUGCAGUCCCCUCCUUCAGGUGCAGCGCUGGACUGUCAACUAUGCAUCGGAUCCAAAGAACAUUUACUGGGAAAAUUUGUCAGUCCAAGGGGUGCGCUGGUGGUCCAGAUGUCUCCUUGUCAACAUGUUCCUCUUUUUAUUGCUGUUCUUCCUCACAACUCCCUCAAUUAUCAUCAGCACCAUAGACAAAUUCAAUGUCACAAAGCCCAUCUACUACUUGAAUAGUGCUGUCAUAAGUCAGUUCUUCCCCACCAUCCUCCUGUGGUCAUUCUCAGCUCUUUUGCCCACAGUUGUAUAUUAUUCCACAUUGUUUGAAGCCCACUGGACAAGGUCAAGUGAAAACAGAUGCAUGAUGCACAAGCUGUACAUUUUUCUGAUCUUUAUGGUUCUGAUUCUACCUUCCCUUGGUCUUACAAGUUUAGAUGUCUUCUUUCGAUGGCUGUUUGAUACCAAAUUUCUGUCGCAAGGCAAACUGAGGUUUGAGUGUGUCUUCCUCCCUGACCAGGGGGCUUUCUUUGUCAACUACGUCAUUGCGUCAGCCUUUGUGGGCAGUGGAAUGGAGUUGCUGCGCCUGCCCGGCCUGCUUCUCUACACAAUACGUAUGGCUCUGGCCCGCUCUGCUGCGGAGAGGAAGUAUGUCAAAGAGAACCAAGCCUAUGAAUUUGAGUACGGAGCAAUGUAUGGCUGGAUGCUGUGCGUCUUCACAGUGAUCAUGGCUUAUAGCAUCACCUGUCCUGUUAUAGUUCCUUUUGGUCUGCUGUACAUGAUUUUGAAGCACUUGGUAGACAAACACAACCUAUACUUUGCAUAUCUGCCAGCCAACCUAGAUAAGAAGACACACUACGGAGCAGUGAACCAGGCACUGGCAGCUCCCAUCAUCUGCCUCUUCUGGCUUUACUUCUUCUCUGUCCUGAGGACAGGUUUUACGGCUGAUACUUCCCUUUUCACCCUUGUAGUUUUGUGCAUCACUAUCUUUAUAUGUAUAAGUUACACCUGCUUUGGACAUUUCAAGUACCUGAGUCCUCAUAAUUACAAGAUAAAGGAAGAUGAAACAUAUGUUGUCAAGGAACAUUCUGGUAAACCUAUCUACCGUCCCAAAGUUCUCCAGACAACCCAGGAAUCCAGUGCCUUGGACCCUAAAGAACAGAAGUCAUAUGGAACUGUGGAGAAGAACCCCCUUCCAUUGAGUGACCAGGGCCCUGGCUUUCUGAUACAGCCGGGGAUAUCUGAGAUAUAGAAUCCAUCUCCUCUUUUCCUAAUAUUCCAAAACAGGACACCAAUUUCCUGUUACAUCCCAGAACUACAGUAACUAUGAUGAAAGCACGAUUUACAAGUUUAUUCAGAUAGGAAACCAAUCAUUGCUGUAGUCAUAAACCAGCAUAGGAACCAAAGGGGUGUAUCUCAAAGUUCAAUCUCUAAUAUACCAAAUCACUACUUUUAUGGUAUAGUGGUCUAGUUUUUCACCAUGUAUUUAUUUUUUAUAAAUAAACCAUUAAUUCUUAUAUAAUAAGCCACCUAAUGUGUUCUUCAGUACUUUCUAAAAGUUUGACAAAGAGAAAUGUUUUCACUCAGGUAAAAGUAACUCAAAUUUACCCCUUGCCCUUUUUUACCUCGUUAUAGGACAGCAGUUACACAGAUAUACAUUUGCGUAUGUAUGUGCCAAAAUAUGAGGAUUAAAUUACUUAUUUAAGUGAUUCUUGUAACCUCAAAGUGACUUCCUUGCCCCAUCUGGAGGAUUUUGUACUAUUAAUAAACCGCUCUAAGCAGA